AAAUUGUCUUUGGGCCCACAUCAGCCCACUAGUGAAAUCCACUACGUCACUACAUACCAUUUCCACAAAACCCUAGCCCCAAAAUUCCAUCGUAUUGCAACACAACGAACCGACUCGAAGACGUUAAGCACCAAAAUCCGCCAUGGGAAAGGUUCACGGAUCAUUAGCUCGUGCUGGAAAAGUGAGAGGUCAAACCCCAAAGGUGGCAAAGCAGGACAAGAAGAAGCAGCCUCGAGGACGCGCUCACAAGCGUAUUCAGUACAAUCGCCGUUUUGUUACUGCCGUUGUUGGUUUUGGAAAGAAGAGGGGACCUAACUCAUCAGAGAAGUAAGCUGAAGGAAUAUCCAGUUUUGUAAGCUUAGUUUCAUGAAACUGUUUUCUUCUAUAAUCUGAAUUUUGUUUUGAAUUAUUUUUUUUUAUCUUAUUCUGUCAUAAUUCUGAUUUAGUGAUUGGUAUAUUUGGUUAUUGAGUUCUUGAUAUUGUUGGUACAUGAAAUGUCAAUUUGGGGCUAAGAAAACAAAAUUUACAAU